AUGUUCUUGAGCAGGUUCCUCCUCGUUUGGGUAGUAGCAGCAUUGUCUGCACCAUCCUUUUAUUGCCAGGCCCUUCAAUUGGGUGGAAUAUUUUCAUCGGGCAGCAACAAGAACCAACCAAGAAAUGACGAACGAAAAAUCCAAGCCGCUGUCUUGGUACCAGGGUUCUUGACGGGAGCCAGUGAAUUCCAGUCUCUUUGUGACAACCUAACCGAACGUGGGUUGCCGACUGUGGCAGUCCAAUGCCUGCUGGCAUUGGCUGCCCUGUUUGGGCGGUCGUUCGGCGAGACCCAUUUGGAACGCAUCGAUUUCACCGUCCAGCAUUUGAUUGCCGCAGACGGUGACAUUACCAAAGUUCCUUCCUUUCAGUAUUCGCUGAAAGAUGCCUGGGAAGAUUUUUGGACCAAUCCUGGAGGUGUGGCACAAGUGGGAGGCUCGCAGCGCGUGGACGAAUAUCCUCUGGUUACACCACGAGGGACAUUUGAUCUGCCCGAGCUGCCACCCAAUGCCGGCAAAAUUGCACUCAUUGGGCACAGUGCGGGAGGAUGGAUCAGCCGAGCUUAUUUGAGCAGUCGAAGCUACGGUGGAAAAGCAUAUCAAGGAAGUAAAUACAUUCAUUCUCUUG